GCCACCUUGGUAGUGCUCACGCGCACUGAAGGCAAUCUUACCUGGAGGGAGAGUUUUACAUGAAUUGAAAAAGGAACACGUGCUCGUCAUCUCAAAAGUCUGUAUUUUAUCAAUUCUUCCUUUAGUCUCUCUGUUCAACACUGAUCUAGCUUCCUUCACCUCUUCCUCAGUUAUCCAGGUCAUACGUGGCUACUUACAGGCCGUACAAUCGUGAUACCCUCGUCAACAAUUCAUCAUUUCAAUUUACACCACAAAGCAGACCUCAAAAGCAAAGAUGUCGGAACCAAAGACUGCUCCUCCCCCGGCGAUCGAUAUCCAAGAGCCCGCGCCAGCCUAUGAGAGAGAAUCACCAGUUACAUCUACUGUGCAAGGAAGCGGUCCUGCCCCCGCCAGAGAGAUGCCAGCGAACCUAGUGCAGCUUGAACAACCAGCAACACCAAUGCCCGCUCAACAAAAGGGUGGUCCGACCAUUACCCCCCUCGCGAACCCAGCGACCGUCACGCCGUUGCACAUGCUGGGCGAUGAGCCGCAAUGGAUCGACUGCCCCUUUUGCAAGCAGAGGACGCAGACGGUCAUUGCUAAAGAGGGCACUGCCAUGCAAAUGGUCGCCGGUGCUCUGUGCUGUCUCCUUUGCAUCUGCCUCACAUGCGUCCCCUGCAUCGCGGGAUGGUGCGAGGACAUGCACUACACUUGCUCAAAUUGCAAGAACAAGGUCGCCACGAGGCCGUACGACGGGACGAUCCAGGUCUUUUCGCCGCAGCCUGGAGGCGGCCUCGUGCCGUCGCAGUAUGCACCCGUUGCACCGCCUGUCUCGGAAAAGCAACAGACUCCGAAUGCUUGAUCCUGAUCUGCAAAGUGUGCAGAACUUGAAAGUAGGUUGUGCUCCAGGCAUACAGCUCGAUCGAUAAGACUAUGGAUGUCAAAACACGAAAUCGGGG